UGACUCACAGACGGUGACUCCCGUCAAAACUGAAAUUAGGCUACUUUCCUCUUAUUAGGACAAAGAUGAAAUAAUUUAUCUUUGAUUUGUUUAACAGUAGCCCUAUAGCCUAGGAAAAUUAACUGCCGACGAUUUAGUUUGUUUAGGAUAGUUUAAAUAUAGGCUACGUCUAUAUUGGGUUGACAACUUUACAAUAGUUAAUUUACUAAAGAAGAAACCGCGAUAGUGCACGAUAAAAACAGUUUACAGCCUAUUGUGGUGUAGCCAACUGCAUUUGUGCGCACAGGCUAAAUAAAAUAUUGAAAGCGCUCUUAUUCAAGUGGACGUGAAAGGGGCACGGUGAACCUAUGACAUUGCACAUAAGCUUAGACGGUCGCUGCAAAUGGGCGGCAUAGGUGGCAAUCUAUACCUCAGUAUGUUGAAUGGGACUGAUACGCAAACUUUUGAAAAAGACACCGAUAUCAACAAUCAUCUUCAUCGUAACAAGGACUUAGCCGAGUUUAAAAUGGGGAUUCAGGACACAAGAUUUUACUACCAAGAUUCGGUUCAAAACGGACAGGACACUUUGGCUCUGCCAUACCACUCCGACCAAACUGUCGCUGGUUUCGGAGCGCAAACUGGGAGCUUUUACUCACCAACUCCCCUCAAUAGCUGUCCCUUCAGCAGUGUGAGAUCGUCAACUAGAUCUGGUACUGGACAGAGUUACAUACAGGCUGGAGCGGAGAAUUUUUCGGCGACAAGCAAAGAAGUUUACCCUGCCUCUCCGGAAAGUUACGCUGCCCCUUUUCAGCAUGGGUACCCUCGCGCACCGCUGUACCCGUUACCUGGUCUACAGGUGUGUGGGAAGACUCAGGUUCUCCUCAAUAACUAUCCAUUGUGGGCGAAGUUCCACAAGUACCAGACCGAAAUGAUCAUUACGAAACAAGGACGGAGGAUGUUCCCCUUUCUGAGCUUCAACGUCAGUGCUCUAGACCCGUCAGCCCAGUACAAUGUGUACGUGGAUGUGAUCCUGGCAGACCAACACCACUGGAGGUACCAGGGAGGCAAGUGGGUCCAGUGUGGUAAAGCGGAGGGGAACAUGCCAGGAAACAGGAUGUACAUGCACCCAGAUUCCCCCAACACAGGAGCCCACUGGAUGAGACAGGAGGUGUCGUUUGGCAAGCUCAAGCUCACCAACAACAAGGGCAGCUCCAACAACGUGGCACAGAUGAUAGUGCUGCAGUCGCUCCAUAAGUACCAGCCCUGUCUGCACAUAGUGGAGGUGAAGGAGGAUGGCUCCGAGGAUCCCUUCCUUACCGCCAAAGCCCAAACCUUUAUCUUCCCUGAGACACAGUUCAUCGCUGUCACAGCCUAUCAGAACGCAGACAUCACUCAGCUGAAAAUAGACCAUAACCCCUUUGCUAAAGGUUUCCGGGACAAUUAUGACACGCUGUACGCUCCUCCCGACUCGGAGCGCUUCACCCCCUCCCCGGGCGAAGGCCAGCAGUGUCUGCCGGGGACCUGCUACUCUCAGGGGUAUCUCUCGGAGCAGUACGUGAGCUCCCUGCCCCAGAGCCGCCUGUACGGCCGGGACCACCAUGGCAGCAUGGGCCAGCAGGCCAAGGACGCUUCGUCCAGCCCUCACAGCCGCUGGUACCUCUCCCCCCAGCAGAGCAGCGCCCCCCCCAGCCGCCUAGACUUCAACUCCUACGAGGGCGAUUUCUCCAGCAACAGCUUCUACAAACCGUUCCCCCUGCAGACCUCUGCACACCAUGCCCUGGGCUACUACCCAGACCACCCCUUCGCCAGCAUGUCUGUCUCGGGGGCCACCUCUGCAGGCUGGACCACUAGCCGACCCUCCCCCCAGUACCUGAACCACCCCCAUCCCAGUAAACCUGGCCCCAGUCUAGGCUGGUUCAGGCCUGUCUCCUCCUCCUCCUCCUCUACCUCCCCAGGGAACCCCAGGCUCCACCCCCCGUCUCUCCUGGAGCAGCUCCACCCAUCCCAGCUGCAGGACAAGCCCAAGGAGACUGGGGUGGAGGACACAUGGAUGGAACCCCCCUCAGUCAAAUCGGUAGACUCGGCCGACUCAGGCUUGUUCGAGGGAGUGGCGGAGAGCAAGAAGAGACGGGUUUCACCCUACGCAUCCAGCACAGAGAACUCCCCGCCCACUCGCAGUGCAGAGGUGUCUGAGAAGGACAGCAGCAGUGAUGCAGGUUACUACGGCUUCUACGCUCACUGACUUUCUCACCUGCCCCACCCAGAUAAAAUACCCUUUCCUAGUGUCCUUUCCCACCCAACUUGUGCUGUGGUACUUCCCACCUGCCAACGUGUCUCAGACUGUCCAAUGAGGUCCCGAGUUAGUGCUGGACUGAAGCCCCAUUGGCUGCAGCAAUCCAAUCUCUAAGAAGGAGAGCCAGAAUAAGAUUGAACUUUGACAUCAAUUUUCUUUUUUUUUCUUCACAAUAGCACAAGCUAGGUGUUGGUUGAGUCUGUAAGACAGUUUGAAGGUCACAAGUUUGUGCAGGCCAGAUAGCCAAGGUGAUUUGACUGUCAGGAGAGACUGCCCUGGAGACUUGGCCUGUGACUUAAGUCCUUUUAACACUUGGAUUUAAAAAACAAGUCUGCACACCUGCUUGCUGACAGACCCCUAAAGGGACUGUCCGAUCCUCCCCCGUCACACACUCCCACACACACCGCCUCUAACAUCCUGCCGCACACACACACAAACACAAUCACAAUGCUGUAUCACCGGUGUAUAGGGUUGUCAAGGAUUUGAGAUGUGAUUACUGCAGCAGAGCUGACUAAUUGCUGUCUAAUCCGUCAUGUUUCAACUGAACUAGAGCUCCCCCUGGUGAGGUCUAAAUAAAAACAAAUGCAGCGCAGGGGCCAAGAGUGUCUGGUGCCAGAGAUUAAGAAAGCUUAGCAGGACCAUAGUCACAAGAGCCGGUGUUAAUCCCUCCUCAAGCACGGGUUCAUGCCCACGUCUUCCUCUACCAAGUCAUUGGCCAAAGCGAGAGGCAGACCGGCAGGUUAUUGUCAGUCCCACGACCCGGUUCAAGAAUAUAGGUCGAGCAGCCAGAAUGUCCCCUCCCCCCAACCCCUCCCCCAGACGUGAGGUCCAUCAUGUGGUGACACAGGCACAGCUUCUUGUUGAGGUGACAGGUGAAGAACAAGUCAGUAGUCGGGGCUGAUCAGAGCCCCAACCCUCGCUGGGUGGUAAUGACCUCCGACAUCUCUGGGGGCUACGAUCCCUCAUUCAGAGGACUCGGUGGGUUUGUUGUGUCUCUCCGAUGGUGAGUGCAAGGCUAUCUACAUGUAACAUACGUGCAGCCAAGGGAAGGCAGGAUUAGACAGUAGUCUAGACAGUCAACACUUUAUGGGCUACAUAUCCAGUGCCACGAUGAACAAUGUGUGUAUGAAUUUAAGAGUACAGCCACAGGAUGGUUCUGAUGAGUCAUUAAGGAAGUAUGAGUCAGCGCUACGUGUUUCACAUCGAACACAUCUACUCCCACUGAAGAGUGACCAAAACACUUUUGACAAAAAAUAACAUGAGCAAGUCUGUGUCUACAGCUAGAGCUGCUUGCUAAGAUAUCAUGUUUCCACGGACACACUCAGAGCAAUCUUAUAGCAAUACAAUCCUCUAUAUGGGUGGCAGUGGUCAAAUUACAACUAAUGUAAAAUGACAAUUGACAGUUUUAUAAUGUUUCAUCACCACAAUUAGAUUAUGACUGGUACAGGUAGGUCAUUAAUGGAGGGAGAAUUGUCAAUUCUAUCCUUUUACAUUUUAUAUCUCGCUAAAUCGGUAGUUGCAGUUGACCUUUCAACUGAAAAAUGCAGUUGUAUAGAAACACCCUACCAGAAAACAGUUUUUAUUUUUACCUCAUCAUGGUGUUUUUUAUUGAACUUUUAUGACAAAAUCUCAAUAGAAAUUGUAGUCUUCUUCGUUGGACUUAGCAGCAAUAAAGGUGUCUUUUUAAAUGAGAGAUGGACACAGUGAUCACUGUUUUGCUGUCAAACGUUGGAGCAAUAGAUGUUACAUUUAGUCAUUUGUUAUGUUAAUAAGCAAAAGGACCCUUGACUUGGUUAUGACCUGAUCAUAGUUCAGUAAGGCAUACAUGUGCUUAUACUGUAUUUUGCAAUUAUUUGCCUCUGUGUAUAUUUGAGAAAAAAAUUUUUUAAAGCCUAUUUAAAGUAUAUGUUAAUUAUUUAGUAUGGAGCUGUUUAUCUUAAACUGGAGACUGAAUGGAGAUGUUGCAUUGAGGCCAUAAAAAAGUAAUUGUUAAAUAAUCAGAAUAUUGUAUUUUUACCAUUCAAAACAGAAAGAAAAGUAAAUAAUGCUUUUUAAUUUAUCUUAAUAAGUAAACAGUUGUUUGUGAAGAGAUUUUUAAGUGCAAUUAAGGGAGUUUUGUAUUUUUAUUUCAUGAGAUGACAUUACAUAGGCAUUUGCAAAAACGUGAGCCUCUGAAAUGUUCUGAUGCUUAAUGCUGUCCACCUAACGUCACAUGACUGAAGUAUGUGUCUGGCACUGACCCUGCGCUGAAGGGACUGUCUGGUUGAAGCAGUGGCGAAAAUCUGCUAUCAACUUUGGGAGGGACAAUUAUAUGCCAUUUUCUCAAGAGCAAUUCCUGAGGGGGAUACCAAAAUUACUGCUGUAACACAUAGCAUAAAAAGCGCCAUUGUGUCCAUAAUCAGCAAAGCGCUUUCAUUGCGUAUUAUUAAUAUUAUUGAAAUUACAUAUUUAUGUUUACAGUGAUUUAUUGGGGGGGACCAACCAUAUUUUUCCCAGGAUGGCGGGUCGUGUCCCCCCUGUCCCCCCUGAUUUCCGCCUAUGACCCUGCGCUGAAGGGACUGUCUAGUGGAAGUGUUCCCCAUGAGAGCAGCAGCGAGGAUGCCUCAGGCAGGCGCCCCCUAGUGGACAUCUCCCCCAAAUCAUUGAAAACACCUCAAACCAAAAAAUAACAAUGCAAGUCCAUGUGUAUCACACUCCAUAACCCACACUCAUUUUUUGAGGAGGCAUAUGUGAAUAGUAAUCCCUGGGAUUCGAGUGUACAGCCAUCUUUUACUUUUUUAGCAGUUAGUUGUGGUACAUCCACAGAAGUUCACGAUCAUGAUGAGAUGAAAGGGGGAGUUGGGUCUGAUUCGAUGGUAUCGGAUGACGAAGCAUGUUCAUUGAUGUUCUCUGUGCACUGUCUCUGGGCCCUACAAUCUGUGAAACACCCUGUUCCUGCAUAUUUUGGAAAGUGUAAAAUUAAUCAUGAAAUCAGUCAAAUCAGUCUUGAGUGUAGAGAAUGGUUUUAAACUGCGAUGAUUCAGGAAUGCUGUGGAGAUGCUAACUAUUGUAUGAAAUAUAUAUGUAUUUGAUUUAUUCUAAUGUAAUAAAGACUUGAAUAGCAAACA